AUGUUAAUGAAAUAUAUAAGUAUUUAAAAAGCAUAAUAAAAAAUACUAUAAUUAUAUUUUUUACCGAUACUACUCCUAGUAAGUUUAAGUUUUCAGGUAACAUACGCAACAAAGAGGCGAUCAAAGGAAAGUUAAAAAUAAUGCCAAUAAACGAUGAUACGUAAAUUUACAAAAUGGCAAAAUGGCAAAUGGAUUGGCAUUUUCGCACGUUCAGGAAAUGCACGCGAAGGGAUCGACAGCAGCCGGUUUUCUAUACAAAUUUUCUACUACGGUGGUUCGUUCAUUCUGUUGCUGUCUGCCUGGAGAACUCGUUGAUGAUCACCAGCCUCGCACUGGAUGGCAUCCCUUUGGCAGCCAACUAUUUAAGGAUUCUCAGUGAUGGCUUGGCAAAUAAUCGAAAUCUACGAAACUUGUCGUUGGCCAGAUGUCGAAUAGGUGAUACAGGAUGCUACACAUUGUUAGAAAAUUUGCAACAUAAUUCAAAUCUCCAUACUCUGAAUUUAUCGUCAUGUUGUCUCACUAAUAGAAGUGCUACGUACUUAUCAUUGUUCUUAAAAAAAAGAAAAGCGGAUUUGUUGCAAAAUGCGUGGAAGGAAAUAAUGUUAUCUCGAGAAAAUGUUCGUACAACGAUGGCGGAAGGACUACGAGUACUGAUACUCGAUAAAAAUUACAAAUUUGGUGACAUUGGUUUGCGGCAAUUGACACGUAUACUGAAGAAUGAUAGCUGGUUGAAAACAUUAUGUUUACGACAUUGCGGGAUUACUCAACAUGGAGGAGCAAUAAUAUUAAAGUUUUUGCAAACAAACACUGUGCUUAUACAUAUUGAUCUUAGAGAUAACGAAGUGUCUAAUGAUAUAUUGCAAAAUAUUCGCAAAAUUCUGAAGAAGAGGAGAAGUAAAAGAGAGAAAAUAUCAAUGAAAAAAAGAUUAAGCUGUGAGCAUGCUUCUAUGCAACAUUUGAUUUCAAGAACUGCUAUGUUUCAAUGUACAUCGAAAGAAAACAGAUUUUCUGAAAAUCGAAAUCAUUCCCACUCGAGAAUUCAACGUAGUUGUAUUUUACAAAUAUAUACACAAAAGGCGAGAAGAAAAAAUUAUACAAAAUGCAAAUUGCAAAAUAUAAUAAAAAGAAAUCAUGUCAAAUGGAGCAAUGCAGAUAAAUUGAAAAAACGUCUGUCUUUUAUGAUCGAGAGCAAUCGGAAUUUAAUAAGAAUUUUAGAAAAUAAAAGUGACCUUCUAAUAAAGGAAAAAAAUCGCCGUUUAAGUUUUGAAGAAGCGUAUCAUAAAAUCCAACCCCAACUCAGAAAUCUUAAGAAUAAAAUUGCUAUGCAAACUUCUAUUUAUUCAAAUAUGUGUUAUGAGAAGCAAGUUUAUGCAAAUCUACAAAAUGCAUUUAAUGAAUUGAAAAUAUCUAUGCAGGGAAAAGUAAUAAAGAUGGAAAAAACAUCUUGAGGAAAAACCUGUUUAUUAUAAUUAAAGCCAGUCGUUCAGAAGAGAAUUGUUCUUUCACAAUACAUUAUAAAAACCGCAUUUCUUUAAAUAAAAAAAAAAUACGGUUUUAGAAAUGUUUAUUUUGUACAAUCAUGUUAAUUAUAUAAUUUGUAUAUGUUGUUUAAUUGUUUAAUAUUGAACUGAUAUAAGUGUAUAGUUGAAAAAAAUAUAUAUAUAUAUAAAUAAAUAUUUUUGUAGUUA